GUGCGUACAGAUGCAAUGUAGCCGCGUAAGAAGAGUAUACUCGGAAAAAUAGUAGUACAAGUAAAGCAAAUAAGCAGCAAAAGCUCACCUCGUAUCCAACGGACGCCUGCGCCAUGAAACACUAAAGAGACCGUCGACGUAUUCACCAGUCGACUCUUCAACUCCGGACCGCGUGUAUCGUACCCGCAGUCUCCCACUCAUCAGUGUUAUCUCCGCGAGACAUCUUUCAACUAGUCUCCGUAAUCCCCGUGUAAUUAUUUUCCUCAUUAUACAAAAGUAUUUAAAAUUUUUUUUUAAAUAAUGCUCGAGAGUUUACCGGAAAGUUGAUACGAGAAGUGAGUUAAACCUCUGACCAGUAUCUCGGAAAAAAACACUCGUGAAAAGUAUAAUAAUUCUCCUAUUCGAGUAACUCAAGUGGAUACUUAUAAUCGGGUUCUUUUAUCACAAGUUUUUUUAUUUAAACUCAAACGUUUUUUAUCUCUCCCGCCACCUGGCCAGCUAAUUAAUCACCGAGCACUAACGAGCUCCGCGGGAUCUCUAGUUUGCGGGCAACCUCUUUAACGACACCCACGAGGACUUUAACUCUCUUCACCUGUAUACCGUAUUCGCGGCUCAAAACAGAAGACGAAGCUUGGAAAAACCGACCGAUCGUGAUUAAUGCUUGUAAGAAAAAACUCGAGCAGGAUUAGAUGAUUACAAUAAAAAAUAAUAAUAAAAAUAAUGAGAGUAAAAAACUACUCUGUUUAUUGACGUGAUUUGUGAGUUUAAAGUGAUGACAGUGUUACUAAAAAGUGCUCACAGUUACGAUAAAAACAACAAAUAGUUUUUUUUUUAUACCGUAAUAAAAUUACAUGCCCAGUGAUUGGCAAUUUUAUACACUGAUAGAAAGAUUUGUUUUGGAGUUCAGAUAGAACAGAAAUAAAAAAAAAACUGGCGACAAAAUGCCGCGAUAUUAUUUGCUAAUAAAUAAUCAUAGCAUCGAAACGUCAAGAAUGAAACACCAGCGCGUGUAAUUGACUUUUAUAUUGAAAAAAAAAAAAAAAUUCAUCAAAUCAAACCAGUGAAAUCGAUACUUAAUUCAACAAAUAGAUUCCUUAAUUAAUUAUCGAGAUCGCGAAUGGAAGGAUUGAGAUAACUAUUGACUUUGAGUACAAAGUUAAGAUUAGCUGUUACCUAACAGAAGAUAGCAAAGCUAGAAUAGUAAGGCGGACAGAGGACGGGUGUGGUUCGUUCGCUUGCGUAGCUGCGGAACGUGAAAAGGAGAUUAGUUGAGUUAAUCGAGCGAUGGCAUGAGGACAUUAUCGGCGACAGGAAGCUGCGGGCCCAGCGAGGUGGAGGAUGAGGAUGGUGAUGGGCGUGAUGGUGCUGGGUCAGCUUCUGACGAGGAUUCUGUUGGCUGCUCACGCUGGCGACCGGCUCGCAGCUGCCCGCAGGAUUCUUCGAGACGUGCCGCUGAUAGAUGGACACAACGACUUACCAUGGAACAUCCGAAAGUUUCUAAAGAACCAACUGCGAGACUUCCAAUUUGACGAUUUGACAAAGAGCCACCCAUGGUCCCACACAGCCUGGAGUCAUACGGACUUGCGACGACUGAAAGAAGGAAUGGUUGCAGCUCAAUUCUGGUCGGCGUACGUACCGUGCUCGUCACAGCAUCUCGACUCGGUGCAGUUGGCCCUGGAGCAGAUCGACCUGAUUCGGCGCUUGGUGAACAAGCACCCCCAGAAUAUGGUCCUCGUUACUACAGCUGAAGGUAUCGAACGAGCGCACAAAGAAGGGAGACUGGCAAGUCUGAUUGGUGUCGAGGGUGGACACGCAGUUAGCACCAGUUUGGCGGUGCUGCGAAUGCUGUACGAAUUGGGAGCCAGAUACCUGACCCUCACCCACACGUGCAAUACACCUUGGGCAGACUGCAGCACAGCGGAUGAACCUGGUCAAGUGCCUCAAAUCGGAGGUCUUUCCAAUUUCGGAAGGAGCAUAGUUCUCGAGAUGAACAGACUGGGAAUGAUGGUGGAUCUUUCUCAUGUUUCUGUACCAACAAUGUUGGAUGCCAUGGGUGUUUCUAAAGCUCCGGUAAUUUUUAGUCAUAGCAGCGCUCAUGCACUAUGCAAUUCUUCAAGAAAUGUUCCCGAUCAUGCCCUUCAAUUACUUGCCGAAUCAGGAGGCAUAGUCAUGGUAUCAUUUUACCCACAUUUCAUAAGCUGCGGCGAAAAAUCAACGCUUGCAGAUGUUGCUGCACAUAUCAAUCACGUGCGAAAGGUCGCGGGAAUCGACCACGUUGGUAUCGGUGCUGGAUACGAUGGGAUCAAUUUAACGCCUACAGGGCUUGAAGAUGUCAGCAAGUACCCGGAAUUAUUUGCAGAGCUUCUGGCUAAUGGAUGGUCGGAAGGAGACAUCCAGAAACUCGCUGGGUUGAAUCUUAUACGAGUUUUCAAAGCUGUUGAACAGGUGAGAGAUCGAAUGGCUGCAGAAGGAGUCGAGCCACUGGAAGAGGAGAUACCCAAGGAGGACAUUAUUGGCCGCGACUACUGUCGCUUUAAUUUGAAACAGCCACUGGUGACGCCUUAGAAAAAAAACAAAUCACCCUCGACUCGAAUGAAUAAAAAACUGUUAUCUCAAAAGAUGAAUCUUUACUCCUACCUUUUUUUAUACAGACGUUUAACAGCUUUCUUACAUGAAUAAACAACAAAUAAAACAAAAAUUAAUAGAUAAAUAUAUAGUGAAUUAUACAGACGAUUUAUAAAUCGCGAGUGCAUAAAACGAGUGCGCCAAAGUGGACGUAUUUAAUAUAAUUUGAAAAAAUGAUGAGAAAUUGAAUUUGAAGUAAAUUGUGAAAAUAAUUAUGGACCAUUGUAAUAUGACGAACAAAGUUUGUAUAAAAUAUUAAUUGAUCGUGAUUAAAACA